CUCCAGGAAAACAUGCUGGCUUCCAUUGCUGAAGUCAUGGCAUGGGGAGAGUCAAUCGAGCGUCUUCUGGAGUGUAAAACCGGCCAGCUGGUGUUUGAAGACUUCCUGAAGACGGAGUACAGCGAGGAGAAUCUUUUAUUCUGGCUGGCCUGCCAGGACUACAGAACCAUCUCCAGCGAGACGGCAAUAGAGGCCGCGGCCAAAAGGAUUUACCAGGAGUUUGUCCAAGUUGAUGCACCGAGACAGAUAAACAUUGACGGUGCGACAAGAAAAGAAAUCAGAGAAAAUAUCUCCCAACCGGGGCCAAAUUGCUUCGACAAGGCGCAGAGACUGAUAUACGGCCUGAUGGAAAACGACUGUUAUCCACGAUUGAAAUCAGAGAUCUACCAAGCUCUCCUGGAACGGUGAAGGGCGAUGAAAGCGUCGCGGAGAUAAAAGCUUGUUUGACGGCUCUUUGACUGAUUAAUUCUGCACCUUCCGCAGACACCUUUGAAUCUCAGUUUAAACAAAACGGCAGAAGCAGAUGUGGAAGCUGACAGGACGUAAGCCAUCCAAUUUAAAACAAAAAUCCCUUUUUAGCUCAAAUGUGUAAUUCAGAAAAAAUGGUGUGAUAUUAGGUUCUGAAAAGUACUUAUUUGAGGAAGUAUCAGGGUGACAGCAGGUUCAGGUGAAAGUACCUUUGGGAAGAACUCGUCUUUACAACGCCGUGGCAGACGGGAAGAGAGAUGCUGCAGAAUAUGAACUGAUUCUUUACUGACUUUUAUUCAUCUGCAGACGGUACGAAAACAGAAAUAUUGUGUUUACUUUUGUCAGUUUCGUGUUAUUUGUUAAGAUACAUCCCUUUUUUUCCACUAAAAACACAAAGAAGCUGCAGCUGGAGCGCUGCUGUACGG